GCGGGCGUGGGAGCCGAGGGAAGAGGGCCCGGUGGCCCGGGCGCUCCGGCGGGAUCCUGGUUCCUCCCUCCCGAAAACUGCGGGUCUCACCCAACACCCCACCGCCGGGGAGGAAAGCGGCUGGAGUGUGGGUCCCCCUGCUCCCUGGCCCGUGGUGUGGCUCAAGCGCAAGGAAAUCGUGGCAAAUGCCCCAAUCGGGAGUGGUUUGCAACCUCAUCUGUCACAUUAUUCUCGCGUUGCUCUCCAUUUCCAGUGUAUUACAUAAUAAAGACAUGUCUGAAAAACUGAGAAGAUGCAGAAAGGAGCUGACUGCAGCCAUUGACCGAGCCUUUGAAGGAGUCAGUCAUUCCCAGGAGUGCUCAGGCCGGCAGGGGCUGGAGCUGGACACAGCGCCGCUUUCCACCCCGCUCCCUGCGCACCGGCUCCUCUGCAGGAGGCACCCGCUGGCAGCCUGCUCCUCUGCGGCUCCCUCCUCUCCUUUUCACUGUACUCCCGAGAACGGGAGCCCUACCUUUGCGCCAAACCAUGGUCCCGUGAAUGCCAAGCCACACACUUUCUGCCCCCAAAGAAAACCUCUGACCAGCAAGGAAAACAUCCUGAUGCAUUCCUCCAUUUUGGCACCUGAAAGGCAGUUUUGGAGAGCUGCAGGAGAUGGGGAGAACUGGAAAAAAGACAGUCUAAGGAAAGAUACGGAGAAAGAUUUGAAGGUUGAUUCAAACCUGCCACUCAGCAGUUCUAGCCAUGAGGUCACAAAGGAUCUGCUUGAUAUGAUCGACCAUACAAGCAUUCGAACUAUUGAGGAAUUGGCUGGAAAACUAGAAUUUGAAAACGAGUUGAACCGCGUGUGUGGUCACUGCGAUGAUUCACCCUUCAAGGAGGAAGCCUGGGCCCUACUGGUGGACGAGAGCCCUCAGGAGGCCUCGGAUGCCGACCCUGGCAGCUUCAAGCAGGCUUUCGAUGACCGCAAUAUCGUGGAGACUGUUCUGGACUUGGAAGAGGACUACAAUUUGAUGACCUCUUUUAAAUACCAAAUUGAGUAAGGAUGGUUGACUUCAGCUUUGAUUCUUUUUACAGCAGGAGACUGAGGAUGGGGCACCUGUGCAGAGCAGUCAGUCGUCAUUGGGGGCCACAUUCUUCAAAGAAUUGGCAGAAUCUGAAUUACCCCAAUGUUUUUAACUUCUAGUUGUGUCUCUUUUUGAGCUGAGAGCCCAGGUUUUUUGUUGUUUUCUUUUUUAAUUCUUUUGCUUUGAAAAUGUUUCUUAUUGUUGUUGGGUUGUUUUUUUUCUCUCACUUUUCUUGCCAUCUUGAAUGUUUCUUUUCUUC